GUUCAGUGGUCCAGUGUCUGGUGCUGACAUUAUGUUCACAGACUGACUCACCAGCGAAUCGCCACGCAACACUCACAGUCAGGCAACUGGUACGGUGGAGUGAGGACGAGAGAGGACAUAUUGUUGUGGCAGUCAAAAUGGAAUCUUUCUUCUGGAUUAGUAUUGUCGCAUUUGGUGCCCUUUCUGUCGCGGUGGCUCAUGAAGGUCAUGACCAUACACACCACCAAAUGCACAGUGCAUCUUCAGAUGAGAAGUUACCCAUAACCAUCUAUUAUGAAUCUCUAUGCCCUGAUAGUAUCAGAUUUUUCAAGGAUCAGCUGGAUCCUACAUACAGGGCUCUUGGAAAAUAUUUAAACAUUGAAUUUGUCCCAUAUGGAAAAGCCAGACAAUGGUACAGUAAUAAUACCUACCAUUUUGAAUGUCAACAUGGGACAAGAGAAUGUUAUGGAAACAUUGUUCAGGCAUGUGCUAUAAAUGUGUUUCAUGAUGAGACGAACAUUUUUAAGUACUUAACAUGCCUCAUGACAACAGUGAAUAUCACUCAAGUCACCAAUGCAACAUAUCCUGUGGAUGAAUGUGGAUCUGGCCUGGAUGUGGAUAAUAUAAAGAAGUGUGUUAGUGGAGCUGAAGGUCUGAAAUUCUUGUCAGAAAUGGGGAACAGGACUUCUGAGUUACAUCCCCCACUGACGGAAGUUCCCGCUAUCUCUGUGAAUAUGACAUUCAGCUAUGAAGAACAACAAGAAGCAGUGAACAACUUCAAAUCUGUAGUUUGCUCUCACCUCAAAGCUGCAAAUACAAAUCCUGCAGACUGCAAAUCCAGUUCAUUUACUGCAGUAUCAAGUAUCCUAGUGGUCACAGUUGCAUCACUUUUCCUUGCUACUACUGCCUCUUAGUUUUAUGUACACAUAAUCAUAGCCUUAGGAUUCAACACAGUGAAAUUCUGUCAGAAAUUUUAAGUAUAAGUAAGCUAGUGAUAAAGUGAUGAAACGAAGUACACUUCUUAAUAAAAUGCAUCCUGUUAUGUGUUAUAAAUAAGGUAUAUAGCUAUAUAUAAAAGUAUGCAGUCUACACAACAAUAUUCUGUAUUAAAAUGAGUUUAAUAAUAACAUACUCUAAAGCUUCGCUUAUAAUAAUUAAAAUAACUGUUACAGAUCGGUCCAAAUAAACAACCUUUUGGAUAACAUACAGAAUAAUGAGCAUGAGCUCCACAA